AUGUAUCCAUUAUCAUCACCACCAUCAUCUAGUAGUAAUAAUAAUAAUAAUACUAGUAGAAAAAGCCUAAGUUUAGAUAUGGAUCAAGUACGUCGUUCCACAUCAUCAUCAUCACCAGCAUAUAAUGGUAAUAAUAAUAGUAAUUUUACAAGCCCUAAUAGCGGUAAUAAUCAAAGUUCAAUGAUGAAUGGUAUUGUUGGUACUAAUUUUCAAUCCAUGAUGUUAUCACCAACAACAACAUCACUAAGAAAUUCAAUUAGUUGUUAUAAUGGUAUGAUUAUUGAAUCAACACCUAGAAAUCAAUUAAUUAGAACUUUAACUCCUAGAAAUUUAAAACAAUCUAAAUUAUCAUCUCCUAAUUCAUCCUCAUCAUCUUCUAAUAAUACACCUACUACUAAUAGUAAUAGUAAUAUUAAUAAUAGACAUUCAAAUGAUUUUUCAACAUUAAAUUUAUCAUCUUCAACUCCUAAUAAGAAUAAAUCAUAUAAUUAUGGAUUUUUAAGUGCUAGAGGUCCACAUCGUUCAUCUUAUAAUAAUUUAACUAUUUCAUCUCCUAAUAAUAAUAAUAUAAAUA